AUGAUUAUGGGAGAGCCAUGCUUCGGCACGAAUGCGUCGUCCGACCGGAGUGAUGGAUACCAUGGCCCCGCAGGAAACAGGCGUGAAACAACCUCAGCGUUGUUUCGCCGUUUGCAUGCGGGCACAGUAAUAAAUGCAGUAGCGCGACGGGGUGGGGCGCGGGGCGGGGCAGAGCGUGCCGGCGGCGGGGGCAAGCAGUCGCAUCGUGACCGCGCGCCGCACCGCGUGUGCGCUCGUUUCGUGCCCGACAAAUUCGCCGCGAAUACGGCCGAAAACGAGGGCCAAGCCAUGGCGUCCGUGGGCACGUGGAGGCGCCGCACGCCCGACGACCGCGAGGAGCGCUCCGAGCUUGGCGCCUCCAGCUCGGCGGUGCCGCGUGCGCCGCCGAACUGCGCGCGCUGUCGGAACCACCGUCUCAAGAUAGAGCUGAAGGGCCACAAGCGGUACUGCAAGUACCGCAGCUGUACUUGCGAGAAGUGUUUACUGACGGCAGACCGGCAGCGAGUGAUGGCUGAACAGACUGCUGUUCGGCGAGCCCUGGCGCUGGACGAGGCGCGUGUUCGUGCUGGGUUGCCGGCGAACGGCGACGAGUUGGAGCAGCCGGAGCCGCCGGUGGUGAAGGCUCCACGCAGCCCAGUGGUGCCGCCGCCGCGCUCACUGGGCUCAGCCAGCUGUGACUCGGUGCCGGGCUCGCCAGGAGUGUCUCCGUACGCGCCACUGCCGCCCUCCAUACCGCUGCCGCAAGCGAUGCCUCCUCUGCUGCCGCCACAACAACCGGGUUAG